CCAUACAUCAACAAAGCUUGAGACGCGCCGAGUAUUCUAUUGCUUGAGGGGGACAAGCCAGCAUCGUUAGCUGCAUUGUAACGGCAGCAAAGGCAACAUGGGCAUCUCUGGCCUUCUUCCCGCCCUCAAAUCCAUCACACAAGAUGCGCAUCUACGAAAUUACGCAGGACAUACCCUCGGCGUCGAUGCUUAUGUCUGGCUUCACCGCGGUGCAUUUAGUUGUGCUUGGGAUCUCUCCAACGGUAUCCCUACUGCCAAAUUUGUCGACUACGCGAUGCAUCGGGUCAAGAUGCUACAGCAUUUUGGCGUAACGCCCUACUUGGUCUUUGAUGGUGGGUACCUUCCCAGCAAAGCACACACAGAGAUGAGUCGUGCAAAGAGGAGAGAGGAAAAUAUGGCUGCCGGCAAGGCUUUCCAAGCAAAAGGGAAUCGCAAAGCUGCUCAGGAUUGCUAUACAAAAGCCAUUGACGUAACACCUGCCAUGGCGCUGCAACUAAUUUUAGCCUUGCAAAAGGCGAAAAUCGCAUAUGUCGUUGCUCCGUAUGAAGCAGACGCACAACUAGCGUACCUUGAGAAGCAAAAUAUCAUUCAUGGCAUCAUUACAGAAGACUCUGACUUGCUCGUCUUUGGAUGUCAUCGGGUCCUGUUCAAGCUCAAUGAGUUCGGAGACUGCUCUGAGAUUACACGAGAUCGACUGGCAAUGAACAAAGACUUGCCGUUGGCCGGUUGGUCACCUGAGAGGUUCCGGUGGAUGGCCAUCUUGUCUGGAUGUGACUAUCUUGUGAGUAUCCCCGGGAUGGGCUUGAAACGCGCCCAUGCCUGUGUCAAGAAGCACAAGACGCUCUCUGCUUUGUUCAAGGCAUUACGGAUGGAGACCGGGUUACGCAUGCCGCAUGAUUAUGAAGCGCAAUUCAGGAUUGCAGAGGAGACCUUCCUUCACCAGCAUGUAUUUUGUCCGGUUGCGAAGAAACUGCUCAUGUGGAAUGAACCUGCUGGACCGCUGAGUGAAGCGACAUUGGCGCAUAUUGGUGAAUGCCUACCAGAUCAUGUUGCUCAGCAGAUUGCUACGGGUUUGCUGGAUCCCAUCACCAAGGAAGCCAUCGAUCUUGUCGAUAUCAUGCCAGCGAAAGCGAAAAUGAGCAGCGCAGCUGCAGGGACACGCAACAUCAAGUCAUUUUUGGUCCCGCAGCCUCUCAAAUCCACUGCACCACUCGCUGAUGUGUCUCUCAAUGUCGUGGCUGCACGAAGACCCGCCCCACUUACGCUGCGAGAAACGCAACGUGCCAAGAAGCUCAAGUUAUUCGAGUCGUCGCCAUCGCCAGAGAGUUUGAAGGGAGGAGCAGGUGGCGUUUUACAAGCGUAUGGCAUAGCGCUUGGCAAUGGUCCCAUUCGACCCUCACCUCAACCGGCUCGUUCUAAAAUCGCAGAGAAGGAGAAUCAAGUGAGUCCUUUCUUUUUGCGGCACGCGACACCUGCAACGAUUCGCAAGAAUCGUCCCAUCAAGGCGGUCUCUCCUGUGCAGACUGAGUCGGAGCGCUGGUUUGAUUCUGAUCCAGAGUAUGAGCGUGCUAUGGCAGAAGCGUUGGAUGCUAGUGCUAAAGAGGAGAGUGAACGCCAGAAGCGACAGCUGGAGAUGGACAAGGAACAGGUUGCUGCGAUUGAAGCGAAUUCCGCCUCACAAACUGAAGAACGGAUUGAGGCGCAAUCUAUGGUCAAGACGCCAGAACCGGUAGUCACCGUCAACGAGUCUGUUCCUGACUCUCCAGAAGCCUUCAAUGAGGCUGUCAAUGUGUGGAAAGCCGACUUUGGGUACCAAGCUUCUGCACCGAUAUCUGAGAUUCAGAUGCAGCCAAAAGUGCUUCACUCUCGGCGUGCUCCAUUCUUUGCGGCCCCUGUACAACCUAGUACAGCAGUGUCCAAGACGACAGCCUACUUCAUGGCACCGAGCGAGACGCGCAAGACGUUUGGCAGCCCCGACCACGCAAGAAGAUCAAUCAAUCUAUCUGCCUUCAAGUGCACGCGAUGAGAACCAAUAGAGAAGACACGAGGAAAUAAUGAAUACAGCGAUUAUCAAGAAGCAUGAGCAUAAGCCAUCCGUUUUUCUAAUAUAGUACGCAUUG